AUGGAUACAACCGUGGAGACCACUAUCCCUAAGGUGGUGAAGAAGCGUGGUGGUCCGGCGUGUUCGGACUGCAAAUCCAGGAAGAAGCGUUGUACCCAUCGCGGUGCCGAAGCUGAGAUCGAGGUGUCACCUCAGGUCAUGCCUACUCCGGCCCUGGCUUUUGCCAUGAAGACCAGGAAGCGCCAGAAAAAGGGCACCCUCAAGCUUUUCUUCAGCUUCUCAAACCUGGCAACCAACGCGAUGAAUCAGACCCUUGUUUCCGAAGUCGACUUUGCGAACCCCAAAGAGGGCAAGAUCGAGAAGGAGACCAUCAAGAAGGCCAUCAAUUCCAAGACCACUGCCACCAAGGCCAAAGUUGGCGAGAAGGCAAAGGCAAAGGGGGCCGUCGUCGAGGCCGACCCUGCAGUCGACGAAAUGAUCGAGGGUGAGAAGCAUCCCCGGCCUAUGAAACGCGUCAAGCGCAAGCAAGCUGCCAAGGUCUCUCCCGCAGAUCAUCCUGCCCCUACUCAUAGCCCUGCCGCAGACGACGCUGAUGCCGAUGCCGCGUCCACCCCUUCGGCCUCUCCACUCGCCGCCUCAGGCCCCAUGCCCGACCACCCCGACGAUACCUUGAAAGGCGCCAUACGAAUGAGUGUGCACCAAGUCUUCUCACGGUCUCUGGAAACGCGCCUCGCCGAGCUUAAGGCCAACUUCUUGACCGCCCAGGAAGCAAUGGAGGUCGUCAUCAACUCGGCCGCAGCCGUCACGGAGACUGUCGAUAUGUGGAAGGAAGUUUGGCUCAAGGAUCAGUGA